AUUAUUCCAAAUGACCAAACGACUUCGAUCUUCUGAUGAAUCAGACGUCGCAAAUGUACUAAGGCAACGACAUAAACAUGAUCCUAUUCAAAAAGAAAAACAAGGACAACACACGUUUGCACUCAUGAUGCGCGCAGGACAGAAACAAACAACAUCUUUACCAUCACCUAGUCUAUUUGAAGUACAAUCACCAAUACCACAACAAUUAUCAUCACCGUGUUUUCGAUGUCCAACAGCUUUACCGUCUUGUUGUACCUGUACCUUUUGUGAACAAGCCAUCUGCCAACAUUGUAUUCAACCUUGUCAACGUUGUAACUCUAUGUUUUGUACUGCUUGUAGUGUUAUUGAUUACUCGGCCGCUAUGGAGCAAGCCUAUUGUCUAUCUUGUUUCACAUCUUGACUCUUUAUACUAUAUUCACACCAAAACUACAUCACCCCUAUACCAAUUUUUUUUUUGUUAUCAUUAUUAUUAUUAUUGGUAUGGGUAUUGUAUACAUGUUUCAUUCAUGUAAAGAACGACACUAUUGCAGUACAAACAAUACACAUUAUUCAACAACAUACAGCAUCAUACACAACAACGCAUUCAAUAAACAUAAUUCAUAGUCAAAUAGAAUAGUCAAAAUGGAUAGUUUUAUUUAUAUUUCAAUUAGAAACGCUUCAUUUGAUUGUUCUUUUCGUACGCGCGAUACCCCACAAACAACACACCCACAAGUCCAGCUGCAAGAAGAAUCUUCAACAAGAAGGUGAAGAAUCCACCGGAUGUCUUUUUUGGUUUUGCUGGUGCCUUGGUCUAUCAUAUAGAUACAUAUGUAUUAUUUAGUAUUUCUUCUUUUUUUUUAUAUCAAAAAUAAACCAUGUCAUAUAUCUCUUCCUCUUUUUUUUUUUUUUU